GGAGGCGACGCGAGACAGACCGGCGGCCCCCGCGCCUCGCCAAGCCACGCCACGACCACCACCGAUCCGGGGGAGCGGCCAUUGCCGGCGACCAGAUCCGACUCCCGAGGCUCGCGCGAGGAGGCGCGAUGACGGGAGGGGGAGGGACGGCGGCGCAGGCGUACGGCGAGGCGUGGUACUGGGACGAGCGGUACCGGAAGGAGGCCGGCCCGUUCGACUGGUACCAGAAGUACCCCGCCCUCGCGCCGCUGCUCUCCCUCUACGUCCGCCGCCACCACCGCCUCCUCCUCGUCGGCUGCGGCAACUCCGUUUUUGGUGAAAACAUGGCUGAUGAUGGUUAUCAAGACAUUAUCAACAUAGAUAUAUCAUCAGUGGUGAUUGAACAAAUGAUGAAGAAAUACCGUGACAAGCCUCACCUUAAAUACAUGAAGAUGGAUGUAAGGAACAUGGCUGAAUUUGAGUCCGGUUCAUUCGACGCUGUUAUUGAUAAAGGAACGCUAGAUUCUAUUAUGUGUGGCCAAAAUUCACAAGAGAAUGCAUCUCAGAUGCUAGAAGAGGUCAACAGAAUUCUCAAGGCUAAGGGAGCUUAUAUUCUGAUCACUUAUGGAGACCCAAGUUACCGAUUGCGUCUCCUUAAAGACCUGCAGCUUUGGACGGUAAAGCUUCAUGUCAUAGAUAGAUGGGAAAGAAGUCGCGAGCCUUCAUGGGAACUGACGAAGCCACUGCCUUUAGAUGGUGAUAGCACAUCAGUUGUUAGUAUUCUUGGCCCAAAACCUGAUGUUCACUAUAUUUAUGUCUGUAUAAAGGGCAGCGACGAUGGGAAGUCACAUUUGGAUUCCAGGGCUGAAGCCAAUGGAGAAGCAAAAUAAUUUCAGCUCAUAACCCUUUUGUAUCAUGUAUAAUCAGAGUAGGAAUAAUGUAGUACAGACACUGUAUAAUUAUUAUGUUGUUGUUGCUUGAUGAACCACUUGGUGUUAUUGGCAAUAGCUAAGCUAAUUUUCUCAUA